CUCCAUGGGGAUGCAGCCUUUUGAGAGUCUCUAGUAAUAUAUAGAAGUCUGUAGGGAAAAUGGAAUUAUUCCAAUCGGAAUCCAUUCCAAACAGUUCAUAAAAUAGGUGCCCGAAAUGCCCUGACUACUUCGAUCGAUGUGGACGCAGGCGGACACGGUUUCUUAACACGAUGAAUCGUUUAAGUUUAACGUUGACAAUUUUUAUGCUCCUUUUACACGGAGAAAACCGGCGCGAUUUAUCUUCAGUUUAAAUGCGCGACGUACCGAGAUGACUAAUUUACGUGGACUUCGACUUUCGUUAUGGUUUUGGUUUGACGUUUUGCUGCGUGUCUUUCUGGCAGUGCUAUUCGUGGAGCUGGAAAAAGCAGAACCAUUUACAAGAAAAAUUCAUGAAGAUGAACUAUGGUUAUACAGAAAUCCAAGAACAGAAUCUUUUGUUCCAACUACAGUAUUAUGGCCUCUUGUGUUUAUGAUGCCUAUUGUCGUUAUUUGCUUCUUUUUCAUGAUGCAUAAAGAUAAAGUCGAUCUUCAACAGUCAGUAUUGUCUGUGACGUUAGCCCUAGGAUUUAACGGUCUUGUUACAGACAUUUUGAAACUUAUAGUAGGUCGUCCAAGGCCAGAUUUCUUCUGGCGGUGUUUUCCAGAUGGACAAAUGAAUCCAGGAUUUAAAUGCACUGGAGAUCCGGUAGUUAUUAGGGACGGAAAGAAGUCAUUUCCAAGCGGACAUUCCUCGUUUGCGUUCGCCAGUUUCGGUUUCAUUGCCUUAUAUUUAGCCGGAAAGUUGCACACAUUCAGCUUGGCGGGAAAAGGACAAUCGUGGAGACUGUGCACGUUUCUUUUACCGCUCUGCGUCGCUCUAACUAUCGCGUUAAGCAGAACGUGCGACUAUCACCAUCACUGGCAAGACGUGGUAAUAGGAUCAGUAAUAGGCUACUGCUUAACACACGUCUGCUACAGACAUUAUUACCCUCCGUUAGAUUCGCCGUAUUGCGACAAACCAUACGUCGCGCUUACGUUACAAGUUCAAUCGGACAACGUCAAGUCUAACAAAAACGAGCAAAUUAAGUGGAUAUAAAAAAGUCAAAAUUAUUACUGCAUAUACGCCAUAUAUGGUAUUUUAAACGGUACUUAAUACUUUCGUUAAAAUCUUUGAGAUCUAUAUAUUUUGUGUACCAAUAUAUACAUCUAAAUAAAUGUAUGUCUAUACAGAAACAAA